AUGGCUACCACCGCAAAGUUCUUCACCAAUUUCCAGGGCGAGAAGUAUAUUGAUGGUUGGGCGAACAUCUGGAAUCUAGGUGAGUUUCGGAUCUGGGAUAGGGAAUACCCUAAUCCUGCUCUGGAGGAUACCUUGGCUCAGCGGCGCGAGAUUCUCGGCGAUCCGGUCGUAACGGAUGCACAGGGGAAUGAGUAUCGGAAGAAAGCCUUGGUGCCAGGUUGCGGAAGAGGCAUCGACGUGCUUCUGUUAGCUAGCUUCGGCUACGAUGCAUAUGGACUGGAGUGCAGUGCGGUCGCAGUCGAGGCAUGCAAACAGGAAGCGCUGAAAAAUCGGAACCGAUAUCCUAUUCAGGACCCGGUGGCUGGCCAGGGAACAGCAACCUUUGUGCAAGGCGAUUUCUUCAAGGAUGACUGGUUGGAAGAGUUCCAGUUAUCGCGGAACUGUUUCGAUUUGAUUUACGACUAUAGGUUUUUCUGCGCGCUGAAUCCGUCAAUGCGUCCAAGUUGGGCGCUCCGACACGCCCAGCUUCUCGCCCUCUCGUUGCGUGGUAAUCUCAUUUGUCUGGAGUAUCCAAGGGACAAAGAUCCUUUACUUCCCGGUUCACCUUGGGGGGCAUCGUCAGAGGCGUAUAUGGGGCAUCUGAGUCACCCCGGCGAAAAGAUCCCAUAUGACGACCAAGGUCGAUGCAAAAUCGAUGCGUUCCAUAAGCCAAGUAAACAGGCCUUUGAACGAGUCGCAUAUUGGCAGCCCACCCGAACACACGACAUUGGAAUAGACGAGACAGGGAAGGUCCACGACCGAAUUUCAGUAUGGCGCCAGAAAUGA